GCGGUCAUUUCACGAUGUCAUCUGACGCGGGCACGGCGGAGACAACAGACGCGGGCACGACGGAGACAAAUGACUCGGGCACGACGGAGACAACAAGGCGGCGCAACUGGAACGACGAAGAGGACGUCAUGUUACUGCGACAGAUCUCAGCCGACCGCCCGUUCGCCCAACAUCACGGCCGGCUUCGUAUGGCAUGGGCAAAGGUAGCUAAUACGCUCAUGUCAUGCGAGGAGUUUACUCGCGAAGUCGAUGCCAAGAAGAUCCAGAACCGCUUCAGCGCCCUCCUCGAAGCCCACAAAGCAUUCAACAAAGGGUCUGCUGCGAAGUCGGGUGUGGACGAGGACGAAACGGAGAAGAUCAUGCUACUUGACGACCUGACCCAGCAAUACGCGGAAGCAAAGGCCAAGGCGGCAGAGCUUAUCGAAGAAAAGAAGGCCAAGAACAACGAGUCCGAGACCGUCGGCCAACUCGUUCGCGACCGUGCCAUGACGACGUGCACCAAGCGCAAGGCCGAGGAUCCUCCCGCACGACGAAACGCCGACACGGGUGUGCUCGAGUUCUUGAAGCGUGAGUCCGACAACGCCAAGGAGUUCCAAGCCGAAUCGCUCAAGCUCCAGCGCCUCCAUUUUGAGGCAGACUUAGCCGAGCGCCGACGGGAACGCAACGACCUUCGAGAAGAGCGCCAGCGCCAACGAGAGGACGAUGAGCGACGGCGUCGCGAAGAGCGUGAGGAAGCACGCGCCGAGCGAAAGGCCGUCGAGCGUCGUGAGGAGCGUCGGUACCAGCUGCACUUAGCAGAAUUAGAGACGCGGAAGCUCGAACUGGAGAUGAUGCUUAAGCGGCAGGGAUAAACUCGACUGAACACGACGUUUCAAAGCAUGAAUUUCGUC